AUGGAGUUGUCACAAACUUGGAGCCCUGGGCUGAAAGGUCUCUACGUGGUGUUUGCUUUCUGCUCUGCUCUCUUUCUGGGUUUUCUCAAAGCUGUUAUUGUUGGUCCUGUUUCUGCUCUAAUACUGAUUGUAGGGAACGUGGGAAUCAUUGUGGGAUUGUUUCCUGCACAUAUUGCCUGGACAAUCUAUACUCUUGUAAAGAUUGAUCGAUUUGAUAUACCACUUAAAGUUGCAAUCUUGUUUGGCUUGCCUGCUCUACUUGGUAUCUGGUUGGGUUUGAGCGUAGCUGGGAGUGUUCUUGUGGGCGUGGGCUAUGGGUUCUUCACUCCUUGGGUUUCUACCUUUGAGGCUUUCAGGCAUGGAAAUGAGUUGAACAAGUUCAAACAUUGUGUUGUGGAUGGAACUUGGGGAACUGUUGAAGGAAGCUGCACUGUAGUUAGAGACUUUGCAGACUUGUGUUACCAUUCGUAUCCACUCUACUUGAAGGAGUUGCGCGAAUCCCCUGCUUCAGAAGAAGUUCGAACUUUAAGGCUGAUUCAUAUACCAGCAUGUAUACUAGUUGGUGUUUUGGGGCUAAUGGUGGAGAUUCCUCUUUACACUGCAAUUGCUGUUGUGAAGAGUCCAUAUAUGCUGUUUAAGGGCUGGUAUCGACUGAUCCACGAUAUGAUUAGUCGAGAAGGACCAUUUCUUGAAGUAGCUUGCAUCCCAAUUGCUGGUUUGACAAUCCUUAUGUGGCCAAUUGUGGUUGUUGGAAGCAUCAUACUGACAGUUGUCUCCAGUAUUUUUGUUGGAUUAUAUGCAGCAGUUGUAGUAUAUCAGGAAAGAUCUUUCAAGAGAGGUGUGACCUACGUGAUCGCAAUGGUUGCUGAGUUUGAUGAGUACACAAAUGACUGGUUAUAUCUUCCAGAGGGCACAAUCUUUCCGAAGCCCCAAUAUCGAAAAAGAGCUGUCUCUCAAUUAUCAGAGCUUUCUGUCCGAGGAAGGCAAGCGGCUGAAGGUAAGCUCAGUUCUGCUACGAUGGAGGCACCUGCAAUGCAUAUGCCAAGUUUGGCCAAUUCCAGAUCAGUCAAGGAAUCUAUACAUGAAGUAAAAAUGGUGCAGAUAUGGGGACAUAUGAUGAGAUCCUGUGAACUGAGGGGUAAGCAACUGUUGGAUGAGGAAGCAAUAACCCCGAGUGAUCUCUAUGAAUGGUUGAAAUCCGAGAAGAGCAAUGAAGGGUCCAUUAUUAGUGUUGGCUUGCCUAGUUAUUCGUUCCUGCACACAAUUCUCUGCUCCAUCAGAUCAAACUCACCCGGUUUGCUGCUGCUUGAUGAUGUUGAGGUUACCUAUUUGAACAGACCACAUGACAAACUGACGGACUGGUUCUUCAAUCCUAUAAUGGUCCUGAAGGAACAGGUCAAGGUCAUAAAAUUGGAAGAGGGCGAGGUGAGAUUUCUGGAGAAAGUACUACUUUUCGGAAGCAUCAGACAGCGCAUGGAGGCUUGGGAUAAUGCAAGUUUAGUACCUCAAGAUGUUCUAAGAGCUGCUCAAGUCCAAGGCAUUAGUAGAAGGAUGACUGGGAUGAUGAAAGGUGUCUCGAAACUUCCCACUUAUAGGAGGAGAUUUCACCAAGUUGUGAAGAACUUGAUCACAUAUUCCAUACAGAAAGAGGCUACCAUUCCACCCGGCUCCAUUGAAUCUACCUCCAUUGAAGAUGUUUAGCACGAAGCUGAACUUGUUUUCUGUAAUGUAGCUUUCUUC